GGCCGUAUAUAAAUGGUCAGACGUCUGCUAACGUGGUUGCCUGCUAGACUGUAACAGAUCAAACACAAUGGCUAACUUUGUGAUGGUCGCCUUGAUGAUUAUCCCAGUGGCUGCCCAAAAUAUGAACCCUAUGGCUUCCCUAAACAUGAACCCUAUGGCUGCCCAGAACAUGAACCCCAUGUACGACCAGUCCUACCCCGGGCCGUGCUCGGACAUCACGUGUAGGAGUGACCAGUGCUGUAUCGAGACCCACAGGUCAUCGACGUGUGUCGGUCUGUUGCUCAACGUCACCUCAGGACAAAGCUACUGUGUACGUCUAAAGAAGUGUAAGUCCAACGAGGACUGCCCCAAGGGCACCUGCUGUGUGUGGGCCAUCGACACCACGGCCGGGCAGAGCUGCCCCAAACAAAACCUAUACGACCCCUACAACCGCCAGUACAAAGGUCAAAACUACAACCAGGUCAGGCAGGUGGAGGGGUACUGUAAGGCUGGGGUUCUCAGCGGUUCGGCUUGUUACGUGCCCAUCCCAGGGAUGAGCCGACCAGGGUGUCCGUGCCUCAACACAGCUGAGCGAUGUGUGUCUGUCCUGGAUCCGUUCCCAAUCGGGAUUUGCCGAGCACCUCAACUCUAGAACUGCUGAAGGGAAUGCUGAAGGGAAUGUAGGGAAUCGAACUCUCUGGUAGCGAAGUGGCUCAGUGCCAAUGCUGUGGAU